AUGACUUUCACCGACUAUCCGACUUUCUCGAACAGCCCGUUCUUCUAUGACCCGCGGAACCCGAUUGUGCCAGAGACGGAGGAAGGUCACGUCCGAGCACACUCAAAUCCAACAGUAGCGUACUACCACCCGAAAAACGUCGGAAACUACCAUUAUGGAGAACGGCAUCCAAUGCGUCCACAUCGACUGGAGCUUACCAACCAGCUGGUACUGAGCUAUGGGCUACACGAAAAGAUGUCGUAUCACGCGCCAAGGGCUGCAACAGAGGAAGAGUUACUGGAAUUUCAUGAGGCCGACUAUGUAGAAUUUCUGAAAAGAGUGACACCCAAAAACGCUCAAAACCUCACCAAAGACUGGACCAAGUUCAACGUGGGCGACGAUUGUCCCAUCUUUCACGACCUCUUUUCAUUCUGCAAGCAGUACGCUGGUGGAUCCCUUGCGGCCGCGCGAAAGCUGUCGAGCGGUUCUGCGGAUAUUGCGAUCAAUUGGAGUGGAGGACUACAUCAUGCAAAGAAGGGAGAGGCGAGCGGGUUUUGUUAUGUGAAUGAUAUCGUGCUGGGCAUCUUGGAGCUGUUAAGAGUACAUCCCCGAGUGCUCUAUAUCGAUAUAGACAUUCAUCAUGGUGAUGGUGUCCAGGAAGCUUUCUACCUCUCCAAUCGUGUCCUCACCGUCUCCUUUCACAAAUACGCCGCCGACUUCUUCCCCAAUACCGGCAACCUCUCUGAAAUAGGUUCAGACUUGGGCAAAUACUUUUGCCUGAACGUGCCACUACAAGAUGGAAUAGACGACGAAUCGUACAUCUCAUUGUUCAAGGCGGUGAUGGAGCCUACAAUCACCAUCUUCAGCCCGUCGGCUAUCGUAUUACAAUGCGGAGCCGAUUCCUUGGGUUGUGAUCGGUUAGGGACUUUCAACCUCUCUAUCGCCGCUCAUGGCGAGUGCGUGAGGUUUAUAAAAUCCUUUGGCCUUCCCCUCCUUACUGUGGGUGGUGGCGGAUACCGACAAUCUUCCGUAUCACGUUGUUGGACAUACGAAACCGGUGUCCUCGCCGGCGUUCAGCUCUCCAACGACCUCCCUCCAUCCAACUACUACGAGUUCUUCGGUCCCGACUACAGCCUGCAUCCUCCUCUCACCGGCAAGAUCCAAAAUUUGAACACUCCCAAAUCUCUCGAACGUAUACGAAUAUCCAUCCGAGAGAAGCUGCGGUAUCUGGGCGGAGCGCCCAGUGUGCAGAUGCAGGAGAUACCGCCGGAUCUGCAGGGCUUGCUGGCGGAUGCGGAGAAGAAUGGAGGAGAGAGGAUGGAUGAGCGGGCAGAAGAGCGCAGAGAAGGGAAGGGAAAGGAGACCGACUGGCUGGCUAGAGAAGUCGGGGGUAGCGGCGAUGGGACGGGGUCGGGGAGGUACUUUGGCGGAGCAAGAAGAAAAACAUGA